AUGAACCCCGUAAUUCACCUCAAUAAUUCAAAAUGGGUGUCAUCAACUUGCCAUAAAUACAUUUAUGUAGACGAUAUAUAUUAUCUUAUCAGGUGAUUACAAAUAGAAAAAAAAUCAUAUACGUGUAUUGAGGCAAUCCACGCUGUGGUAAGUAAAUAUCUUUGUUACCAGAAUUUAUGGUAUAACUUUUGAGUAUUACAGAUCCCUAAAAAUAGAUCUUAGUUGUAAGACGAGCACUCUUUAUCGGUUCAUACGUCAAGUUUUAAUUUUUAUUGCGCUGAUUGUUUUGAUAAACGCUAGUAAAGAAAAUUUAAAGGACAAUAUGUUCUAUAGUCCACGAAUUUCAUGUCAGAUGCACUAUGCGAUUUAACAUAAAACAGAUUAAAACAAGGUUUUAGUUGUUAUAUGCUGCAAUGGAAGUUUCGUGUUUGGUGAGUGAUAUUCUUGACUGUAUAGGGUACAAUGAAGAGAUUAUAAGCACAAGAAGAAAAUACUGGCAAAACUAUAUGCGUGUAUUUAAUUCAGUACAACAAGAAUUAAGUGUGGUAGUCGCAGGUAGUAAGGCUGAAGGAAUUACAUCUCUUUAUGAAAGCGACACCGAUCAAAUGCUCCUGUUUAAUGAUGCAAUAUGUGCAAAUGACAUACAACACUUGCCUCCUGUAUCAGAUUUUACAACCUUACAUGCUGAUACACGAGAAACGCCACCAGGGUAUACCAGGCUAAAGAUGAUAAGUUGCCUUGGAGAAGAUUCAAAAAGAUUCCUCCAAGAAAGUUCAUUUAAGUCGGGGUCGAACAAGUUCAUAUCAAGUUCUUUAUUCUUAUCCAGCAUCAUGCGGGAAACAAGGACUACAGAUUAUUGUAAUGAUAUAAUUCAAAUUGGUGAGCUAUCCGGUCCAGCAGUUUCCAGAAAGGUAAUGCAGCAUUUGUCAUAUGACCAGGUUGUAGCAUUUCCAUGUUAUUGUCCAAAGAUACUUCAGACAUGGAAAAGAAGAAGACGUCUAUAUAGUUGGCCACCAGUAGACGUACGAGAGGCUGCAGCUUCUAUGCCAGCACAAGUGGUCCCUGUAGGAAGCAAGCUGAGUGAUGACCAAGGGCGAGAAUGGAGGUUCUGUUUCAUACUAUCAGAACUGGAACUGACAUGUAGUUUGAAUGAAACACAAAUCAAACUAUAUAUCCUUUUAAAGAUGGUCGCGAAAGACAUAUUGAAGAAUGUCAGCAAAGGAAUAUCGUCCUAUAUGAUGAAAAAUGUUACAUUCUGGAUGUCAGAAUUACUUCCAAAAGAACUGUUUAGAAAGGAAAAUCUGAUAAACUUACUUUUCCUGUCAUUGGUGUUCUUGAAAAAAUGUGUCUCCUACUCAAACGGGUUACCAUACUAUAUGAUCCCAGGGAGGAAUCUUCUUGCAGAGAAACUUACACCUGACAGCAGACAACCAUUGUGUGACUUGAUCGGAACGUUGAUAGCUGAAGGACCACGCUUCAUUCUUUUGAGAUGUAACAAACUACGAGCAGCUUCAGGAGUCCUUAUUUCUUCUCCGACUUCGUUAAAAAUUGACGGAAGGCGACGAAAUAUGAUAGAAAAACUUAUUUAUUUACAAAUCAUCCUAUCAAUGAAUAUGAAAGAUGAAUCCCUUAUCUCUGCUGUAGUCUUAGAAAGGAUGGACUUACUUGAAUGGGAAGAAAUAGUAAAUAAUUGCACCCAUGAAGAAAAUUUUGCGUUGAAGCUUGAGGAGAAAAUCAGUUCGAUACUUUCAUAAAUGAAAAUUACAAACAAUAUAAUUAUGUAUUAGAAAGAUCAUCGAAAGUCAAAGCUAUCUGAUUGGUACAAGGGGUCGAGUGUUUCGAUGUUCCGUAUCUUUUGUAUCACAUGCAAAAAUAAAAUCAUUUCCUGUCGCCCCAGAAAAAAGUUACCAAUGUGCGAGCAUUUGAAUAUCAUUUUUCUAUCGUUAUCUCAUUUCCCUGUCAUCAAAAUACGUAAACCCCAGAAAAGCGAGACAAUGGGCCAAUCAACGAGCAUGCUCUAGACAGCUAGUGAGUGCGUGUAACUGUGCAUGUAAUGGUAUACGAUUUAAUCUGACAUAUUUCAAAAAUUAAGUCUCCAAACUGUGAUACAAGAAUCAUAUAUCAUAUUGCUUUGUACAUAGCUAUCGAAAAGUCAAGACUAUAGUAAAGUCAUGUCUAUAAAAAGAAAAAAGAAAAGAAGAACUCUGACUGAACUUAAGUCCAAAUCCACCGUAAAAAAUUAUUUAGUAUGUUUUUAAACCGCCUUAUAUCUAUGUAUAUAACUCAACAAGUUUGUUUUGUGACAUUUAUUAUCAUGUUAAAACUCUAAUAAGAUUAUUCAUUGACUUUAUAGUUCAAUCUAAAUUCCUCGAUAAAUGACGUGUGGUUUUGGUAUCUAUUUUAAACACUGACUUCAUGUCACGCUGUAAAAACAUAAUGUAUAUAUAUAUAUAUAGUUAUUCCAAAAGAUAUCGCUUUCUACGUAGUCAUUUUAUGCUGUAAAACUGUAUGUCUUCACCCGACAUUCGUUCGGACUAGUUGAUUGUGUCGCUUAUAAGAGUUGGUGGGUAAUGAGAAUUGUCGGAUAAGGCAAGUUUUGAACAUUGCAGCUAUUAUUUUGAAUAUUCUCUCGUAUUUACAUGAAGAGCUUUAAUA